GCGCUCCCACAUUCACAGACGGCGCCUGUGACGACGCCGUUGGUUAUUGCCUGAACGGCGGCACGUGCAUAGACACCAUACCUACGUGUCACAAGUGCAAUUGCGAAGCCGGAUGGAUCGGCGUUGACUGCGAAAUUAAUGACCCGUGCCUGCCUAACCCGUGCCAAAACGAGGGCACUUGCACGCUGCACCCUGCCAACGACGGCACGUACCAGUGUGACUGUCCGGCCGGGUACACGGGCGACAAUUGCGAGCAGUCCGCCUGUCUGACCUACCCCUGCGUUAACGGCGAUUGCCAUCUCGUACCGGGAAGCGAGACCGAAGCGACGUGCAUUUGCUUCGAGGGUUGGACGGGCGACGAUUGCUCCGCCAACGACCCGUGCGAUCCCGACCCGUGCGAGAACGGUCAGUGUUUGGCGAAGGGCGGCGCCUACACGUGUCAAUGCGACGCCAACUACGUCGGAGUAAAUUGCAACGUCGAGAACCCAUGUCUACCCAUCAACUCCCCGUGCGCGCACGGAAACUGCGACCUCGACGACGAAUUUCUCAACGUGACGUGCAUCUGCGACGAAGGCUACACAGGGGAGGCGUGCGACAUAAAGGAAGCUUGCAGCGACGUGCACAACCUCUGCGGCGACUUCGGAAUAUGCCGACAGAACGACAGCUUUCCGGACGUGUUCACGUGCGACUGUUUCGAUGGGUACGUGGGUGCGCUGUGCAAUGUCAGCGACCCUUGCAACGGAAUCGAUUGUAACUACGGCGUGUGUGAGGUUGCGGAGGACGACCCGAGCGAAUACCUGUGCGUAUGUGAAACUGGCUAUACGGGAGAGCACUGCGAGAUAGAACUAGAAUUGACAACGCCGAUUACAGAAGUGACAUCGUCUAUCACAGACACGUCAACGCCGGUGGAAUCUUCAACUCCAUUGGACGGGACUGAAAAUAUGACCGAUAGUACAUCUGACGGCUUUACCAAACCAACUGAACCGGUGACGACACCAGACCAGACGACAAGGAAGUGACGCGAUCCGCGCACUUGCUCGGUGCUAACGUACAUACC